CUGUGUAUGUGUGUGUGAGUGUGUGUCUUACAGGCAGACACUCACUAAGCAACGACCUGCAAACGGGCGUCCGACCCAGUCCGAGCACUAAACAGGAACCACAUCAUCUCCACUGUCUCCUGACAUGUUACCGACGUUAUUUCUUCUCCAUCUACUCUGAUUCCGUCGAAGUUGCCGUGUCUCCAGACGUCGGCUACAAAAACGAAACAAGAAAUUGAUGCAUCUUGCUCUCCGUCGCUGUUUGUUUUGACCUGCUAGAAAAGGAAUCCUGCAAGAGGGAUUUGCGGUCCGUCAAUGAGGAACUACCGGCUCAUCUUUUGCCACAACCUGAAGCAGCCAUAGAUGGUUCAGUGGUUUACUGGCCUGGGGAGGAGAGGAUAGGACACACUUUCACUGCUACACGACGUGAGGUCUUGGCGGGGUUGUGGUGAGGAGGAGGGGGAGGAGGAGGAGGAGGCCAUGAGGAAGAGCGUGUCUCCGUUGCCAGGCGACGAGGGCGGGAGCUCAGCCAGCACCACGCGGGUUUUUGGUGUUCCAUUGGAGGAGGUGACGCGUACACACACGAUCAGUGGCCAUGAGGUUCCUGCGCUAGUGAAACACAUCGUAGAUUACAUUGAAGAGCAUGGUCAUCUGGACUUGGAGGGGCUCUUCCUGGUUAAUGGUAACGCAGAGCGCGUGGAUUGGCUGCGUCAGCGCUACGACAGCGGCGAGGAGGUGGAGCUUGAGAAGGAGGCCGACCUGGCAUCAGCAGUCAGUUUGCUCCGUCUUUUCCUGCAGGAGCUUCCUGAGCCCGUCAUACCAACUGCGAUACAGGGACACAUCCUACAGUUACACCAAGAUUACAGCAAUGAGGAGGAGCUGUGUCGGAACUUGAAAUACCUGCUGCAGCAGCUUCCUCAGCUGAACUACGGCCUGCUGCGUUUCCUGUGCCGCUUUCUGGCAAGCGUGGCGUCACUUCAGCAGGAGAGCUGGAACAUUGGGGCGCUGGCCGCUGUCUUCGGACCAGACAUCUUCCAUCUAUCAACAGAUGGAGAGGACCUUCGGGACCAGGAGUCUGUCAGCAGAGUUUUGGCAGAGCUGCUGGACAAUCAGGAAGGUCUGUUUGACUCUGAGGACGACGAUGUGUCUACCACCAAUGACUACAGCUCGAUCAACGAACAGAUCACAGAGCUGCUGGAUGAUGAGAAGUGUGAGGCAGAGUGUGAAGAUCUGCCUCAGGAUGUGGAGGACGGCCCCGCCUCCUCCGACUCACCGCAACACACACACACUGAUGACAGCCCCGCCACCAGCUCCCACCUCUCCCCUAUAUCCAUCCUGCCCGCUGAUUCUGCUGAGAUAAUCCAGCGGACCAUCCGAGCUGCAGUGGAGCAGCAUUUCCUUGAACUGAAAACCUCCCUCGACCAGGAUCUCAGCAACUACGAGAGCCAAGGGGUCGGAGCCAGUGGUCCUGGAGCCCAGGGUUGCCAUGGAGAUGAAGAGCAACAAACUGACCCUGAAGACGGGGAGACGGAACAAAAGCAGACCGAGCAGCUUUCACCACAAAGCCAGAAGGACACAGAGGAUUCCGUGGAGUCUGGAGCCGCUCUGGAGGACGGUUCAGGAAUGGACCUGGAUGCAGACGCUGUCAGAGACCCUCAGAACAACAUUAACACUGCCAGGCAGGACAAUCAAACCUGUGACAACAUGGAGGAAACUGACACCUCAAGCUCCGAGUCGGGGUCGUGCCGAUGUGAUCAGAACGCCAACACCAGCGAGACCAAUAGGAACCACCCGUCACCAUGCCAACCAACCGCUGGCACCGCCCCUCAUCUCCAGCUAUUCCCUGACAACCAAUGGGAAGCGUCACCCCCUCCCCAUGUCCACCUCCCUCCCAUAGACUUCUCAUGUAUGCAUCUGCAAAAGGAAGGCCAAGACCCCGUCCCGGCCUACAAAUCCUGGCAGGACGAUAAUGACAGCGGAGAGGCGCAGCUCUCCCCUCUGGCCGGUCGUAUGGUUCCUCUCCCCCCACUGCCUCUGGAGGGGGACGGCGAGGAGGACGAAGGGGACGGGGGGCAGGACGCCUCCCCCUCCUCCUCCCGCUCUCACCAUCACCUGCUGGCGCGACGCUUCCUCGACUUCGGAGCCCACAGCGCCCAGCGUUUCCUCCAGCAGGACCCGGACACCACCUCCCCCACCAAAGCACAGAGGCCACGGCGAGCAUCAUUUGGCUCCAAAGAGGCAUUGAGAGGAGGAGACUCAAUGACCCACCAGCUCACCAAGAAGCUUCAACACCUGAAGAAGAAAAUUAAACAGUUUGAAGAGCAGUUUGAGAAGGAGAGGAACUAUAAGCCCUCUCACGGAGACAAGGCAGCUAACCCCAAAGUCCUCAAGUGGAUGACUGACCUGACCAAGAUCCGCCGGCAGAUUAAAGGACGCCAGCACCACCUUUUACCCAGAAGCACGCUGAGGCACCAGGCUUUGCUCCAUUCACACAGACGUCACCAUGCUCCCUCCUCCUCCCCUUCCUCCUCCUCCUCUUCCUCUAUCUGCUCACCCCCCCAUCACACACUCACCCCCCCACUCCACCCGUACUCAGGCCUGAGCUCUAGACUCUGUCACCUCAAUGCCAAACACCGCGCUGAGACCGAGCUCGGCCCCCAGACUCGCCCGCGGAGCAACACCUUACCCAAGAGCUUCGGCUCCACACUGGACCAAGGUGUCAGCGACGCAGCCGAGGAGGUCAAAGGUCAGCAUCCCACCAGGGAGGAAACACUGGACCUGAUCCAGCGCAGGGUCAAAGGGAAGAGACAGGAGGACGGAUGGCCCGAUGACAUCAAGAAAAUGACAAAGGAGCAGCUGUCCUGCGAGAAAACAGUCCUGCAGAAAAACCUGCUGCAUUACGAAGGCCUGCACGGUCGACCUGUGACCAGAGAGGAGCGUCUGGUGAUGAAGCCUCUCUACGACCGCUACAGACUAGUCAAACAGAUGCUCACCAGAGUCAGCAUUACACCCAUAACAGUGUCCCCUUCCAGCAAGAGGCGGAGUCAGACCCUCCAGCCAAUCAUCGAGGGUGAAACCGCCCAUUUCUGGGAGGAGAUCAAAGAAGAGGAGGAAGACGAGCAGAAAGGAGGAAACGACAAGGAGGAGGACAGGGAUGAGGAGGAAGAGGAGGAGGAGGAAGAGGAGGCAGAGAGCAGCGGAGGGGAGAUGCAGAGUUCAGAAGUCAUCAUGGCCAUGGACCCCGUUAGUCUGAGCGACGGCGAGAGGAGCCAGAACGACAGACAGAGCGACUACCCACUGAGAGAUAAGAGCCAGACGGGAGGGCCAGUCAGAGGCAAGGUGGAGGAGGGGUCGGGGAAACUGGCCAUGGACCUGAGGCUGUCGAGCUCCAACGCCUCCUCCAUGCCAGAGCUGCUGGAACAGCUGUGGAAGGCCAGAGCGGAGAAGAAGAAGCUGAGGAAGACCAUCCGAGAGUUCGAGGAAGAUUUCUAUCAACAUAACGGAAGAAACGUUCAGAAGGAGGACCGGAUGCCGAUGCUGGAGGAGUACAGGGAGUACAAGAGGAUCAAGGCCAAGCUCCGCCUCCUGGAAGUCCUCAUCAGCAAACAGGAUUCCUCCAAGUCCAUCUGAACCUCCGCUCUGCAGACGCCGCCGCUCCACGGAGGUGUCGUCCAACCGUCAGACAACGUCACAUCCGGUGUUAAAGAGGCGCGACAGCCGACAACCAUACGCACACAUCGCCGCCACGGCCCGUCGCGCUGCAUUCCUGUCACGGGAAACGAGACAAACGUGACGCAAAUUGUCAGAAUCAAAGACUUGGUGAAAUACGCACAAAAAAAAAAAAACGUCAGACUGGACAGUGUCUUAUCGCAAUCAAAGAGUAAAUUUUAAUAUAAUAUUGACAUAUCUGUGAAACAAAAUGCACUUAAAUAGUUUUAUCUAAGUUAUUUGGAGACACUGCGACAGUUCCUGGUGUUUGUAAUGGAGCCCCGUCGGGUCGGAUUUUUAGAUUUAAGGAUCGAAAAAGGCUCACGUCAGCCUCGUCGGUACGCUUUUAUGACAGAUUUGGAUUUUACGCUAAAACUGAAAACUCCAAAGAUUAUUUGGCCAAAUCCAAACUGUUGUUAAAUCUGGCGUUUCCCACUGACACGAAUGCAGCCUCACGACCGGUCGCACUUAACUCACGACUCACCUGGUUUACAUCGACCCGCAGCUUCAUCUGCCCGUUUAUCGUCUGAACCGCUGACGCCUGGGAGGAAAAAAAAACAAAAAAAAAAACAUUAUCAUCCUCAUCGCCCCAACCUGACUGAAAACUGUGCACUUGAUUUCUCAUUUCCCUCAUCAGAGGAAAAGACUUUUUUUUUUACUUUUUCUUUGGUUGACUCAUGUCUUUUCUCUUCAUCGAACGGUGACGACGGCGUUUUUAGACUUUGUUUGUGGACGUCACACGGUCUGAAACGUCCUUCACUUUCAGGGAGUCGAUCGGUCAAAUCGAGCUCCUGCGUCUUCACCCACAGAUUCAAGACUUCACUAAAUCUAAAACCAGUCUGUGCUUGUACUUGUUCAGAGUAAACACACGUUUGUUUGUUUGUUUGUGACGCUGAUGUUCAUUCGAGAACGAAAAAGAAGUUUGACGAGGUUUUUUUUCCAUCGGUUUCUGUCCUUCACGAGUUUCCUUUUUUUGUCAUGUUUUGCUAUAUUUGUGGACAGGAUGGAGUUGCAUUAGUGUUAACGCCGCGCUCCAUUUCUCACGGGCUUCUCGUGCUGCUUUCAAGUGUCUCUGGUAAAGUCGCAUCAGAGUUUCUAAAUUCCUGAUCGCCUGUAAACGCAGCAUUAGCCUGAAGACGUUAGAUAAAUGUAGCUGUUGCAGUUGUUGUUGAUCCACACGUUUCAACCCGUUGUGUUCCGUGUUGUGUUCAGUGCUGCAGCGAAGGGUCCGGGGGCUGAUGGGGGUCGCAGCGGGACCGGCGUCCACGCUGGUUCUGGUCCGGUUUCCUUUUCUUGAACGUGAGCUGGGAUCCAGUUGAUCUGGUUUUCUGGAGGUUCAUCUCUGGUGAGGCUGACGGAGGCUUUGAGUGUGUUUGUGUUUGAACGCCAGCACUGAUGUCAGCUGCGUACUUUCACUGCUUUAACUCCUGACGCUUUACCGACGACGAAAACAAACGUCUGAGGCGUGGUUUCCUGCUGGCAGGUGUGUGUGUGUGGGGGGGGGAGGGGCGGAGUCAGUUUGGGUUUUGACGGAGGCCGACGUCAGCGUGGUCUUCUCUGUAACAGCCAUGUUUUUGUACGACAGGAGCCCAGGCGUGUGUGUGUGUGUGUGGAGGACAGCAGCAGUUUGAACUUUAGCUUUAGUGGGUUCAUCGUCCACAGGCCGUUUGUUUAACUGUAGGAAAAGCCAUUCAGCCGACAGACGUUUACCUGCCAUGAGUUAGACCUACAGUUCUGAUGAAGAAGCCACGAAUGAGGUGAACUGUUUGUGGUUGAACAGUUGUAAUUUUAGAAACGCAGCAGUGUGUGUGUGUGUGUGUGUGUGUGUGUGUGUGUGUGUGUGUGUCCGGACGGUAAAGGAGGAGGAAGAGGUUCGAUGUAAAGAUGUUAUUUGCACAGCAUUCCCAGAAUGCAGCCCUUUGUGUUUUGUGUUCAUUUGUAUUUCUAAAACGAAGCACUACUUCUAUACAAAUAUAAAUAUAUACUGUAUAUAAAACACCCGAAGGAAUGAAUGUCACAAAUGUUUAAAUUAUUUCAAACAUUGCGUUUGGCCCCUUUUUGGUUCAUUAUAUGUGAUGCCCUGAGAAUGUGUUGGUUUUUUCAAUCUAAAUCCUGCUCUUACUCAUAACCCUUCUUCUGUGUGGACAUGACAGUAGUUCGGAUCCUUUUGUAUCUACUCACUAACUGUAAAAGCAGCUGUAGACUUAGUCUGGCACUGUGUGUGGCUUCUCCAACAUGAACCUGCUUUGUUUUCUGAUUGAUUUGGUCGCUCUGUGUAAUAUAAGCUAAUCUAGAAGCAGUACUGUAGUGCGCUUGCAUGGCAAAAGAGAACAUAAUAGUAUGAAUAACAUAACAUGUAUUGUUUCUAUUAUUUGUGCCAUGAAGAAGCAGCAAUAAUCCCAUUUUGCGUGGAGGUUCUACGCUUUGGUUCAGGCUCCGUUGGAUCGACUGUGUCUGAGUGUGUGUGAGGUACAAUGGUGUUUCUUUCCUCGUUUUCGUUUGCAGACACACUCUGCUGGGACGUGGCUGGGUGUGUUUUUACCACUGUUGUCAGCAUAAUGUCAGAGGUGGCGCUGCUGAAAACCAAAACAUUUGACGUGAGACAAAGAGGGAUUGAAAAGCCAAUGACAGAUGUCCUAUCUGAAAACAUUCCAGUUCUUAUCAUCAUCAAAAAGUGGAAACAAUCCAUCAUCCGUCUCUGAAGGGCUUUUCUUUUUCAUUAUUCUUUUUUUUUUUUUGAGACAAAGAAACUUUGUUUGGCGCCUGGUUUUCUAAAAAUCUGAACUGUUUUUCAUUGUGCCUGCAACAGAGUGGUAAAACUCACAUGUGCUUCAUCUGUUGUCAACUGUAACUGUGUUGUGUGUACAGAUGUUUUCACGUACCAUUGAACAUGCAUGGUCGUUUCACAGACGCAGGAGUCGCAGCAGAAGUCGUCCACAAAGACAGCGCUCACAUCUCCUGAGAACGGAACCGUUUCACACAUGAUCAACUUCUCGAUAAACCAGCAACUACUAGUGAUUUUCUAAGACGACUACAGAUUUAUUCAGACGAGUCCGAGAACCAGAUGUUUGUAUUUUAACGGAACUGCAGAUAUCCUUCUGGAAAACACUCCAUCAUGUCUUUGACGUAGAGUUUUGCUGCGACUUCUUGGACCAGAGAGCGUUCACCUGCUCCUGGUCUGUACACGUGAUACUGUGCUCUACCAUAUUAAUAUAUUGUAUGUACGUAUGUAUCUAUAAAUGUUUUUUCUUACUUUGUGAAUGCUUUUUCUGUUGUUUCUUCAUUAAUGAAAGGAUGACAAAAUACAAUCAGUAACAAACAUUUACACAUGGAAAUAAAGACUAAAUUUAGACGCUUG